AUGUUGAGAAGCAGUGUUCUAGGUCGUACAUUGUUGAACAGACAAUCAGUCAGAAUGGUUUCAUACAGAGUUGAGACAGAUGCAUUUGGUGAAAUCAAGGUGCCAGCAGACAAGUACUGGGGUGCUCAAACCCAACGUUCUUUCCAGAACUUCAAGAUUGGUGGUGCACGUGAGAAGAUGCCAGAGCCAAUUGUGAAGGCAUUUGGUGUUUUGAAGAAGUCAGCAGCUAUUGUGAACGAGAACUUGGGUACUUUGGACCCAGCAGUUGCUGAGCCUAUCAAGAAGGCAGCAGAUGAGGUUGCCCAGGGUAAGUUGAUGGACCAUUUCCCAUUGGUUGUGUUCCAGACUGGGUCUGGUACGCAGUCCAACAUGAAUGCGAACGAAGUCAUCUCUAACAGAGCCAUUGAGCUGAUUGGUGGUGAGUUGGGAUCGAAGCAAAUCCAUCCAAACAACCACUGUAACCAAGCACAGUCCAGUAAUGACACUUUCCCAUCUGUGAUGCACAUUGCAGCAGUCACUGAGAUCACCAGACACUUGUUGCCUGAGUUGGUUGCUCUUAAGGAUGCUUUGAAGAAGAAGUCCGACGAGUUCCAACACAUUGUCAAGAUUGGUAGAACCCACUUGCAAGACGCUACCCCAUUGACCUUGGGUCAAGAGUUCAGCGGGUACGUGCAACAAGUGGAGAACGGUAUCAUCCGUGUGGAACAGAGCUUGCACCACUUGAAGUUCUUGGCUCAAGGUGGUACUGCUGUUGGUACCGGUUUGAACACCAAGGUUGGUUUUGCGGAGAAGAUUGCCGAGCAAGUUUCCAAGGAGACCGGCAUUGACUUCAAGACUGCUCCAAACAAGUUUGAAGCGUUGGCCGCCCACGAUGCGAUUGUCGAGGCCUCUGGUGCUUUGAACACCUUGGCUGUUUCCUUGUUCAAGAUCGCUAACGAUAUCAGAUACUUGGGUUCUGGUCCUCGUUGUGGUUACGGUGAGUUGAGCUUGCCAGAAAACGAGCCAGGUUCCAGUAUCAUGCCUGGUAAGGUUAACCCAACGCAAAACGAGGCCUUGACGCAAGUGUGUGUGCAAGUCAUGGGUAACCACGCUGCCAUCACUUUUGCCGGUGCCUCCGGUCAAUUCGAAUUGAACGUCUUCAAGCCAGUGAUGAUCUCUAACUUGUUGAGCUCCAUCAGACUAUUGGGUGACGCUUCCAACUCGUUCAGAAUCCACUGUGUUGAAGGUAUCCAAGCCAACGAGGACAGAAUCUCCAAGUUGCUACACGAGUCCUUGAUGUUGGUCACUGCUUUGAACCCAAAGAUUGGUUACGAUGCUGCUUCCAAGGUCGCCAAGAACGCUCACAAGAAGGGUAUUACUUUGAAGGAGUCUGCUUUGGAAUUGGGUGUUUUGUCCAGUGAGGAAUUCGACGAAUGGGUCAUCCCAGAAAAGAUGAUUGGUCCAAAGGAGUAG